AUGGUCAGCGCUUACACUUCUGAUAAUUGGGCUGGAGGCAUCCACGAAGACAAAGGCCGAGUCACACAAGCCAGUGUCGACAUCGUUGUGCCAGACUGCACCGUGGGCAUACCAGCAUACAACUAUGUACCGUAUUCUGUUUCCGGCUGGGCUGGUAUUGAUGGCUCUGACAGCUGCAACGAUGUCGUGCUCCAAGCUGGCUUCUUCUGCACUGCAGAAUCGAUUGACAACAAGACUACCACAUCCUACGACGCCUGGACCGAAUGGUUCCCGGCGCCUCAACAAACCUAUAACGACUUCGAACUGCAGGCAGGUGAUGUCCUCACCAUCAGAAUCGUUGCAAACUCGAAGACAUCGGGAUCGACACUGCUUCACAAUCACCGUACAGGAAAGAAAGCGCAGACCAACUACGCAAACCAGACAACUCCUUUGUGCUUGAACUCUGCCGAGUGGGUGAUCGAGUCUGAGCUAGCGUUCACGUCGUUUGGACUGGACGGAGAGCGCACUGCUGGAUACAAUCCUUUUGUUUUCGAGCAUGCAUCGUACACAACCACUGACGGUAAGAAGCAUCUCGCCAAGGCUGAAGACAUGUUCAAUAUGGUCCAAAACGGCACGGAGGUGGCAGAGGCUGUUUACGAGAAGAACGGUCUGUUCAAAGUCAAGGAUGUCACUCCCGCAGACUUCGCGAAAGGCGUGUGA